GAGAGAGAGAGAGAGAGAGAGGGGGGCAACGACGACACCGCAAACAACCUUUUUGCCGCUCUAAAACUCCCCAACCCAACACAACACAACCCUCCUCGUUCCUUUGCCAUCAUCUGAUACUUGAAAUUGUAUUACAUCUCUCCCAGUUGGGUUGUUGGGUGUGUAUAUUUAUAUAGUAUUAGUGUUGUAUUGUGCAUAACACAAUUCCAAUUCCAAAGAGGGGUUUUUUGAGAAAUGGGGCAGCCAUCGGUGCCGCCUGCUCCUCCCCCGUUGGUCCCCACACCAUCGCCAUCACCGGCGCCGGCAGCAGGAGCAGCAGGAUGCCAAGUAAGGUGCGCAGGUUGCCGUAUGAUUUUGAAUGUGGGGCCGGGAUUGACGGAGUUCGUAUGCCCUACGUGUCAAUUGCCUCAGAUGCUGCCGCCGGAGCUGAUGAGGGCUCCCUCACACCGAAGCGUUCCAGCACACGGCAUUGAUCCGACGAAGAUCCAGCUUCCUUGCGCUCAAUGUAAGGCCAUCCUCAACGUUCCUCACGGCCUCUCUCGCUUCUCUUGCCCUCAGUGUGGUGUCGACCUCGCUGUUGAUGUCUCCAAAUUAAAGCAUUUCUUCCCUCUCCCUCCUCCUCCUCCCCCUCCUCGUCAGCCUCCGCUUCCGCCUCCCCCUCCCGAGGAAGUCAACGAGGUAGCCAUUGAAGUGGAACGAGAAGAAGAUGAAGGUGGAAUGGUGGGAGAAACAUUUACAGACUAUCGCCCUCCCAAACUAUCUAUUGGUGCUCCACAUCCAGAUCCUAUAGUGGAGACAUCUUCCUUAUCUGCAGUUCAGCCACCUGAACCCACAUAUGAUCUUAAAAUCAAGGAUGAACUAGAAAGUUCAAAUGCAUUGUCAUGCUUGCAGAUUGAGACAUUGGUUUAUGCUUGUCAGAGACACCUUCAGCACCUUCAGAAUGGUGCUAGGGCUGGAUUUUUCGUUGGAGAUGGAGCUGGUGUGGGCAAAGGACGAACAAUUGCAGGGUUAAUCUGGGAGAAUUUUCACAAUGGGAGGAGGAAAGCAUUGUGGAUUUCUGUUGGUUCAGACUUGAAGUUCGAUGCUAGAAGGGACUUGGAUGAUGCUGGUGCAAUGUGUAUUGAAGUGCAUGCUUUGAACAAGCUGCCUUAUUCUAAGCUUGACUCAAAAUCUGUUGGGGUUAGGGAGGGAGUUGUUUUUUUGACAUAUAGCAGCCUUAUAGCAUCUUCAGAGAAAGGUCGUUCUCGUUUGCAACAGCUUGUGCAGUGGUGUGGCCCAGAAUAUGAUGGCCUUCUUAUAUUUGAUGAGUGCCACAAAGCCAAAAAUUUGGUACCUGAAGCUGGAGGGCAACCGACACGAACAGGUGAAGCUGUUCUUGAGAUUCAGGCUCGACUUCCUGAAGCUCGUGUUAUUUAUUGUUCAGCAACUGGUGCUUCAGAACCACGCAAUAUGGGUUAUAUGGUUCGGCUUGGUCUUUGGGGGUCUGGAACAAGUUUCUCUAAUUUUCGUGAAUUUUUAGGUGCACUAGAAAAAGGAGGUGUUGGAGCACUAGAACUUGUAGCCAUGGACAUGAAAGCAAGGGGAAUGUAUGUAUGUCGGACACUUAGCUAUAAAGGGGUGGAGUUUGAAGUUGUUGAAGCACCAUUAGAUGCCAAAAUGAUGGAGAUGUAUAAAAAAGCUGCAGAAUUUUGGGCAGAGUUGCGUGUGGAGUUGCUAUCAGCCAGUGCAUAUCUUUCUAAUGAGAAGCCUAAUUCUAGUCAGUUGUGGCGAUUAUACUGGGCAAACCAUCAGCGUUUUUUUAGACACAUGUGUAUGUCAGCUAAGGUGCCUGCUGUUGUGAGACUUGCUAAUCAAGCAUUGAUGGAAAAUAAGUGUGUGGUUGUUGGCCUUCAGAGUACUGGAGAGGCACGGACUGAGGAAGCCGUGACAAAAUAUGGUCUUGAACUCGAUGAUUUUGUUUCGGGGCCUCGCGAACUUUUGCUAAAAUUUGUUGAAGAAAAUUAUCCUUUGCCUGAAAAGCCUGAAUCACUUCCAGGAGAGGAAAGUGUGAAGGAGCUUCAACGAAAGAGGCACUUAGCAACACCUGGUGUUUCAUUUAAAGGAAGAGUGAGGAAAGUUGCAAAAUGGAGAGCUGCAAGUGAUGCUGAAAGUGAGGAAGAAUCUGAAAAUCACUGUUGUAGGUAUUGGGUAUUAAAUGUGGUUGGUUGUGGACCUCUGGGAAGAUGGCGGGUACUUCAAUGGCUACAUAUUGCUGGAGAUUGCGGAGGAGUAUACCAAGGCAACCUUAGAGAUAGAGAGGGUGACAAUGUAUGACCUUGAACACUUAGC